UUAAUCCUUUUUUUUUUCUACGGUUCAGAUAAAGUGGUUAUCAACGCAAGCUAAAACAACUGUUCAUGUGAUAUUUUAUUGUUAGUAUGAUGUCUAUAACUGACCUAUUUUUGUUGGACCUAUUUUGUGACAAAUAAAGGUUGCUCUUUGAACGAUGUUGUCUGAAAGAAAGUGAUAUAAUGUUGUCGUGGAGAGAAAUCCAAUCAUGGAGGAGGCUAUAAUCCUUGUUAAUCCAACAUCCAGUGAAAAAGCAGGGACUGAGUGACUGAUGCGGACAUUGAAAGAAAAGUUGACGAUAAUUAAACGAUGACAUUCUCCUGAGGUGGCAGAAGCGUCCCUCUUCUAAUGCUGUCUGGCCGUGUAUCGGAUCCUUGUUGUCACGGAGACCCGUCCACAGAGACGGCCCACCGGGGGAGGAGAGGGCUUCAGAGCGACCCUCACCUGGAUGAGACACCGGGGGAAGGGCGAGAGGAGGAGGACGAAGGGAAACCAAACCACUGACAAAGGGGAAUAUUAACAACUCGGAAGUUCAUUUUGGAUUAAUUCACACUUAACAAGCAAGAUUUGGACCAGCCGGCUAUUAAAAUAUCAGCACUAUUGCAUUUUUGUAUUAUACAUUUUUAAUUUCUAUAUUUUGCUGCAUCAUCAGUCACAAGGAUGGGCUUUGAUCUCGAGAGGUUCGUGGGCUAUGUCAACGACGGCCUGCUGUGCUGUGUGUGUCGGGACGUGUUGGAGCGCCCCCUGCAGGCCCCCUGUGAGCACGCCUACUGCAGCGCCUGCAUCAGCAGCUGGCUGCUCCACCACCACUCCUGCCCGGAGGACCGCACGCCGCUGGACGUUGGUAGCCUCAAACCGCUCUACAGGUACAUGAGGAACGACCUGGGCCGACUGCAGAUCCGGUGUGUGAAUGCAGGCCAGGGCUGUGAGACGGUGUGCCCCCUGGAGACCCUGCACACACACGAGGAGGAGUGUGAGUUCGCCUACAUGGCGUGUCGGAACACAGGUGGAGAGUACAUAUGUUAUUAUUGUGGGUGUCCGGUGCAGGUGGAGAGGCGUGGCUUGGAGGCUCACCUGUCAGAGUGCAUGUUCCGCAGCAGGGAGUGUCCCAAUGGCUGUGGCCACACCCUUCUGUCCGUUGACCAAUCACAGCACAACUGCGUGGCAGAGCUGCGCACCGAGGUGGAGAUGCUCAGGGCGGAGAUGUUGAGCAAGGUGGACGAGGUAAGGCGAGAGAUGGAGUCUCGCCUGGACUCCCAGAGGAGACACAUGGUGCAGAAGGAGUCCCAGUUGAAGAACGACGUGGAGGAGCUCAAGGGCCAGUUAGCGCGGGUGAUGUGUGACGUGCGCGCCCUGCUGGGGUCAGAGCGUCUCAGGAGACGAGAGUUGGCAGAAGCAGAGCUGGAAAAAAGAGAGCUCUUAGAGCUCCUCAGAGACCUCCAGCCAACCAGGAGCCAGAUCCCAGCUGAACAGCCAACCAGGAGCCAGAUCCCGGCUGAACAGCCAACCACCAUCCAGCAUCAGGAAGACCCUCAGCCAAUCUGGUGGGAGCUCCACAGGGAAGAGCCAAUAAGACACCAGCAGUUGGAGGGAUUCUCACAAGGCGCCUAUCAGUCAGCGUCUUCUGGCCAGUGUAGAGGCGCCUUGAGCACACCCCAUUCUCCCCUGAUGGGAGAGGAACCGGCCGAGACCAGCCCACGCAGUGUCACCCUGGACUGCAUCAAGAAGAAGAACCGCGAAGUGACCAUCAUCUAAGCGCACUCGGAGGGACUAGAGCCCUACAGUAACAGUAAUGAAGUGAUGAGUUAGGCUGGGAAGUUUGUUUUGGGUGUUUUAGAAUUGGUUCAGCAUUAAACUCAAUACGGACUCCUUUCAUGCCAAAGGUGAGUAAAAGAGUGAAAGGACGUGUUGCUGUUGUGAUAAGACAUAUGUCCUGGGGAUGAUACCUGAUAUUAGGGCAGGAAUAGACACUGUAUUAGGGAUGGUUCGUAAUGAUCAUUUUGAACGAUUUGUUAUUGACAUGUUGAUCAAAUAUGUAUUUCAGGAAAUUAUCUUUUGAUUUAACAAAUGUUUCAUGUCGUCUUCAAUCUGUGAUGAAUAUAUAAUGCAAUUAAAUGGCAGAUGCAAUCAUUUAUUGAAUGACUAAGAAUGCCAGACCUGCUGUUAACUGCGACUUCCUGGAGGAGGCAUAAUGUAAUUUCACCCAGCUUAGCUUUUGAUCUGCUCAGAAUAUUUCUAUCCGUCUAACUGAACCUGUAUUUUUUUUAUAUUUAAUAACAUCCCAUCCCAAUAAAGCUUGUAAACUCAUAAAUUGUG